CGACUGUUCCUUUAGUAAUAUUUCAGCUGCGUAGCAGCACGGCAGCAUUUGCAGAGAUUCGGAGCGGAGAUUUUCGUAGCGGUCAUCAGUCAGCGGGAGUCCUUUUCGGUGUUUUGAUUUUUUAUAUUACGUCAAAAAAAAAAAAGUUCAAACUUAAGGUGCUGAAACAAAAGUGAAAAAUAACCUCAAGAGAAGAGAUGCUGACAAGUUUCUACUGAGCUGUUAUUAGAAGGAUUUUUUUGCAAGUGAAAAUAGUUAUCGAAAUUAGAAACAGUCACUUUCCGGAAUCAAAUCGCAAUAAAAACACGAUGGGAGCCGAUUUCCAGCAGAAGUUGCUUCCCUGCUCGAAAACAACCGAACUGAUCGACGCGACGAUGGCGGCGAUGGCGGCGACCAAAAACAGCCCGCCAUCAUCGACCUGCAGCACUCUCCCCACGCUAAGCCAGCUCCACGACGAGCUCUCGAGCUCGGACUCUACGCUGGAUGCAAAACAGUUCCAGAAAGCCCUCUCCAAUUGUAGCGACCUGGCGCACGAUGCGGAAGUGGACAAGAAGCUUAGGGAAAUCGGUUCAAAUACGCCCCUGCUGCCAUCCGAAAUUGGAACGGAUUUUAACUUUAAGCGGGAAAUCGUGUGGAAGAAUGUGAUAGGAUUUGCGGCCCUGCAUAUAUGCGGCUGGAUCGGGUUACAUUUGGCCUUCUGGCAGUACUGCGAUUGGCGAACCACCCUCUACACUGCAUGGUUGAUGUACAUGUCUGGUCAGGGAGUCACAAUGGGAGCCCACAGGUUAUGGGCCCACAAAGCAUUCAAAGCGAAGCUUUGGCUAAGGAUUCUACUUCUGUGGCUGCACACGCUAGCCGGUCAGAAUUGCCUCUACGUGUGGGUUCGCGACCAUCGUCAGCAUCAUAAGUUCUCCGACACGGACGCAGAUCCCCACAACGCAAACCGUGGAUUCUUUUUCUCCCACGUGGGUUGGCUGUUAUCCCGUAAACACCCUAAGGUCAUCGAGUAUGGCAAAAAAAUCGACAUGUCCGACCUGGAAGCGGAUCCGUGGAUCGUCUUUCAAAAGGAUCACUACAAGGUACUCUACACCAUCUUUGCCCUGUUCGGACCGACCGCCAUUCCUGUGAUUUUCUGGGGUGAAAAUCCCUGGUACGCCCUGUUCGUGGCGUUCUUCCUACGCACUGUACUCAGCCUGAACGCCACCUGGUCUGUGAACAGUGCCGCCCACAUGUUUGGAAUUCGUUCUUACGACAAGACAAUCUGGCCGGUGGAGAGCAUGUUCGUAUCGUUUAUGACGGUUGGUGAAGGCUGGCACAAUUAUCAUCAUGCAUUUCCCUGGGAUUAUCGCGCAUCCGAGUACGGAACUCCACUGAACCUGACCGGAACACUGAUCGAUUUGCUGGCAAAGUACGGCCAGAUCUGGGAUCGCAAAACUGCCACAAAGAACAUGGUCAAAAACCGUGUUCUUCGUACGGGAGACAGAUCGCAUCACACCUACGGAACUGAUGAGGGACGUCUAGCAUUCACAACUCUGUUCGGUAUCUGGCGACAUCCGCUCAAUCCAACGUAUAACUCGAUACAUACGCCGAAACCAAAGAUCAUCCAGAGCGAUGGUUACGCUCUAGGCGAGGAGGAGCUGAAAAAGUCGGAGAUGGAUGACGAAGUUCUACAACGGGAAGCAGAGGAACUGCUACGCCGCCAGCAGGAGGAAGAACGCCAGAAGACUGAAGCGAACAUGAUCUACAACCGAUUGUCCCAGUACAUCAAGGAAGGAUCGUCCAGUCAGGAGAACGGAGGCAAAAGCCAGCUCAACUUCGACGGCAAUGAGAAUGUGAUAAAACAAAAGCUAAAGUAGAACAGAGAGGAGUAGAAGAAUAAUCAAGCAUGUCAUCGAAAGUCAUAUCUUCAUCACCAUCAUCGUCAUCGUAAUUCAAUUUUUCAUCAGGAAAUAACUACAUUCCAUUGGUUUUUCCAAGCACCAUUACCUAUUUAUCGGGAUUAGUGAUUUUUGGUACCUCAUGUUUUUUUUUUUUGCUCUAGAUUAGACAAACAUUGAACAUUUGUAUUACGAUUGUAGAGUAUUUAGUUUGUGCAAAAUUUACUGCAUAAUACAUUCCUCUUGUUAACAUUUUCCAGCAAAUUGAUGUGACGAGUGCAGUUUCAUGAUUAAACUAGUAUUGGCACAAGCAUAAGCAACAACAAAAUGUGGAGUCGGAACGGGAUUCCUACGAUCUUUUGGCAUGUGCUAGAAUAUUCCAGAGAUAGAAAUAAUUAGCUGAGUUGAGCUUGAACAUUGGAUGUAAUUACCGAAGAAACAAUGUUUUUUUCUGAUAGACAAAGAAAUAAAAUGAAUACGUUUACUUUUAACAAAAUUUCACCUUUUUGUUAAUCGUCCCCUUUAUGAAUACUAAAUUAAAUUUUACGAUGAACAGCUUUUUCAAAUCAUGCAACUUAAUUUAAUGUUGUCAAAAAUGUUAUGAGCUCGUUUUUAAGGAAUUUCGUAAAUUUUCCACCCCAAAUCCUUUAUCCAGUGGCUUAACAGGUUUAACCCUUUCCCGGCGGAAAGAAAUCAACCUU